AUGGCCGACUCUCUCAUCUCCUCGCAGUACCUUGCGAUGCGCACUGUUCAGCGACAUCUAGCAGAAUCAAAACCAAAACCAAAAUCACAGCACAACACCGCCGACGCGGUUGCAGACCAGUCCUCUCAGAGUCACACAGUACCUCGCUCACCACCUGCUGCUGCACCAAACGUAAUGCCCGAGCCUGUGCCUGUUGCAUAUCGCACCCAUCCAUAUCCCCAGCAAAAUGAAAGACCACCGUCCACCUCAUCUCACUCACACUCUGGCUCUCUCAAGUCUUCCAUAUCUCACCCUCCUUCCAACGCCCAUCACAAAGUCGCAUCUCAGAGCUCUCAGAUACCUCCUUCGCCUCGAGGUUCCUACCGUUCUUCUGGUAGAGUCUCCACAGUCCCGGAAGAUGGCCCCUACCCUUACCGUCCUUCUAAGCGACUCAAGUCCGCCUAUCCUCUGAAUUCCCCGGAGCCUCAUGUCGAGUAUAUCCUGGUCGCCUCCUUUGACAUUGAUCGCGGUCCCAUCAUGGAGCACCAAUACCCUGGCGCAAUCAGUCCAGACGAGAAUAUGCUUGCUGAGUUGAUGCUUCCUGAUCAGACCCAUGUGCGGCAGCAGGAUUGGACUAUGUUUUUUCUCCACAAGGACGCUGGAAACAGUGAAGAGGAGGUCAUGGAACGGAAAAUCGCAAAGCAGAGGCGCGCCCAGAGACGUGCGCUCACGAACUCCGCAGAUUCUCAAAGCAGCCAAAGCGAGCAAGGGAGCAGCAGCGAUGACAGCGAUGACGAUUCUCAGGAUAGCCCUCCAUUGAUGUACGUCCUCAACCUGGUCAACACAAAACAGGAUAGUACUGUCAAGAGAGGCGCCGUGGUGAAAGCAAUGGCUAUUUGCACAAGACACUCUUUCCUCCACAUUUACAAGCCUCUACUGUUACUAGCCUUGGAGGACUAUUUCAAGACCCCUACUCCCGACACCCUCGAGUUGCUCUAUAAUGCUCUGAACGCCAUGGAUCUCUCUUUAAUGCCUCGGCUUUCACUCCUGGAGCGACAUAUUUUGCAAGCCAGCGAUGCCAAAGACAUGUUCGUCGAAAAGUUCGAUCAGAUGAUCUCCCAGCGACUCACCGACGAGGCAUUGGGCAAGGCUCCCGAGCAACCAGACUCUCCCACCAAAGCCGAGCCCAAAUAUAAUGUACCGCGCGAUACGCAUGAGUUCGAGUCUAAGAUUGUGUAUAACGGUAUUCCCAUACCUGUCAAGAUCCCCACGGCUCUUUCUGCAGAGACUGUUGGCGACUUCUCACUCAUCAAGCUGGUUCAGAUCUUUGGUGGCCCUCACAUUUCACAGCCUCAGCCAUUUGCUCUACAUCCCCAUCUGACAACUUCUGGUGCUUACACUCAUCCUAUAAUUGUUUUGAUUAAUGCCAUGCUCACGCAGAAACGCGUCAUCUUCCUUGGUCACAAUAGACCGUCCGGUGAAGUCGCAGAGGCCGUACUUGCCGCCUGUGCAUUAGUAUCUGGUGGCGUCCUCAGAGGGUUUACGCGACAUGCUUUUCCAUAUACCGAUCUGACUAAGAUUGAUGAGCUCUUAAAGGUGCCCGGCUUCAUCGCCGGUGUCACAAACCCUGCAUUCUCGUACCACCCCGAAUGGUGGGAUCUGUUGUGUGACUUACCCUCUGGUCGGAUUAAGAUCUCCUCUUGCAUCGAGGCCGCGCCAAUCACCGAAGGCACAACAUACUUUCAGCAACAUGGUCACAUGGUGCCUGCCAAAGAACUUGGAAGUACCGAUGCCACGGGAGAUAUUAUGUUCAUGGAUGAAAUCACUCGAGGCAUAGCGUCACGACAUGGCGAGUCCAUCAUCCGGGCCAAAUUCCGGGCGUAUAUCACCAAAUUCACACGAAUAGCUGCUGCCUUUGAGGAAACGGUCUAUGGGGCCAGCAGUUUAAUAUCCAUUCCCCCAACCGAGGUGGACAAGGUUGAGACACCCAAGACCAGCAAGCCCCCUGACCGGCCUAUGUCGCUCAAGACAUCGAGCAAAAAUCUCAAAGGGCACGGAUACGUAUGGGCCAGCGAAGAGGUCAAGAAUCGAGAGUUGGCGGCGUCUGCAGCCAGAAUCGAAGGGUGGCGCAACACACGGUCGUAUUAUGCAUUCAUUUCCGAUCUUGCAGCACAUGCUCAAGAUCCUGGUUCGCCAACAUCGCCUGUAAGCAUGAGCAAUAUGCUCGCGCGUGCCCCAUCCAAGCCUUAUGUCGACCUCUACCAUUCACUGUCCAAGCUGCGGACUCUUCGUCUAACUCCAACCGAGGCGGGAGCAAUUUAUCUUGCGCUUGAAGCAUACUGUACCGAUUACGAUAGCAUCUUAGAAUUACUUGAGUUGACACCAGUCUCCGAGGCCGGACUGUUCUACGUGGGCCUGGGGCUUUGGCACGAGGACUCAAGAGUGAGAAUGGCUGUUGCCACUGUUCUGGACCGAAUCCGGAAACAUCCAGCCGGUCGGGUAUUUUUCAGUCGACUUGGUGGUUGGGCCAAUAUGGGAUUUACUCGGAGCAUACAGGAGAGGGAGAAUCGAUUACGUGGCCAACAGCAUGAAGUUGGAGAGUUUAUGGAUCCACACAUGCAGUUAGUCAACGGAGAAGAUGCCAGGAGGAGUUGA